AUGGCGUUCACCAAUGAAGAGUUCGCGUAUGCGGUUGGGACCGAUGCCGCUGUGGCCAUUGUCGUGUUUGUGGUGUUCGCCAUCGUCAGAAGGCUGCAGUUUGCGAAUCGGUACUAUGCGCCAAAGAGGUUCAUCAAGACGAAAUACCGUCGCCCGAAGAAGCUGUCGUUCUUUUUCUUCUCAUGGCUGAGGCAGAUAUUCGAUUACGAUGAGCGCGACAUUCUGGAGAUCGCGGGGAUGGACGCGGUCAUGUACCUGCGGCUCGUCAGUUUCGGACUGACGCUGUUCUUCGUCCUUGCAUUGUGGAAUCUGGCAACAGUGCUGCCCACAAAUUUGUCGGGCAACAAUGUCGAAGUCUUGCUGAAUGGCUCCAACACAACAGCAGAGGACAAAAGCAAUUACAGCUUGACAGACUUCGAUAAGAUGGCUAUCACCAACCUUGAGCCUGGGAGCUCCAAGUUCUGGGUGCACGUGGCUUCUGCCUAUUUUGCCACAUUCUAUACUCUUCGUCUUCUGUGGACAUACCACACUGAAGCCGUGAACCUGAGAAUAGAGUACCUUGCGACGGCCAAGAUUGGCAGUGAAUCACAUACAGUUCUGGUGACGGAUAUCCCAGGCUCCUUCUAUGGGACCAUGCUUGACAGGGCAUUGCAGGUUGCCCCCAGAUGUGCACGUCAAUCCAUUAGAUCGAUGCUUGAGGACACAAAGAGAAUGUUGUCCACCUCCAUCCAAGGAAUAGAGGGUGUUGCCAGGGUUGUGGUCACAGGAAGCGUGAAAAAUGAAAAUGAAGAAAAUGCCAUUGCGGAGGCCGAGUCCAAGACAGAUGUGCAUCCUUGGAAACGUGCACUGGAAAAGCUUGGCUCGAUGUCCUUUCAGGACAUGGUGGCGUCAGAAUUUCGUGAGGUAUACCCUGAGCACGAGGUUGAGUGUGUUAGGGUGGUGCACGAUGGAACACAUCUGUAUCCAGCUGUGACCUUGUAUAACACAGUCAAGAGAGAGCUGGAGGACUUGGUGGAUGACUACACCAGCAAGUUGACAAGGGGGAAGAAAGUGACACCCAAAGAGGUACGUAUUGUGCCUGAUUUCUAUGGUGCUUGGGCUAGGGAGAAGUACCCCACAAGCAUUGAAAACAAGUUUGUAAAGGUGGAUAAGCUUGAGUUCCUGGCAGCUAGACUCGAGGCUCUGAAAAAACAUGUGGAGGAGAAGCAGGGGCAAGCAUUGGAUCGUCCUGUGGGAUCGGCCUUUGUUACUUUCAGGUCUCGAUGGACUCAGGUGGUUGCCUCAACCUCACUGCAGCACCAUGAUGAGUGUGUCUGGAAAGUCCAACCUGCCCCUGGCCCUGAAGAGGUGUACUGGCCAAAUAUCAGGUGGCGCUCUUGGGAGAGAGCGGUUCGGACAUUGUUGAUGUGGUCAGCUUUUGGAGCUCUAUGUUGCACAUUCAUGAUUCCAGUGGCAGCUGUACAGGCAUUGGUUCAGAUUGAUCGUCUUGAGCAUCUUCCAGUGGUGAAACAGCUGUUGGAGAUGACUUUCUUCCGGUCAUUGGUGAUAGCUGUCCUUCCUGGUCUCGUCCUCAAGACGUUCUUGCUGUUUUUGCCAAAAGUCAUUGCAUAUAUGAACAAGGUGGAGGGAAUGGUGUCACUGAGUGCAAUCGACUUUGGUGUGGCUAGGAAAUUCUUCAUCUUCCAGGUGCUCACAGUUUUCUUUGGAAGUUUCAUUGCUGGCUCUCUUUUCAGCCAAAUUGAAGCACUCAUCAAAGAUCCCAAGAUGAUCAUCACCAUUCUUGGAAACGCUGCCCCACAGACAGCAUCGUUUUUCUGCACCUACAUUCUUGUUCAGACCUUCUUUCAUGCUCCAUUCUCUCUGCUGAGAUUUUGGCGCUUUGGCCUGUACUGCGUCAAGCAUUUUCUAGCUGCUACAGAGCGUGCAAAGGCACGCCUGUGGCAGAACCAGAAAUCACCAUAUGGAGGAGUGACACCACACCACACUAUUGUGAUACUCCUCGGAAUCGUCUUCGCAGCAGUCAAUCCGAUCAUCACUCUCACUGGGUUGGCUUAUUUCGUUGUGAACAUUGUUACCUGGAGGUAUCAGCUGCUGUAUGUCUUCAAGGAGACUUACCAAUCAGGCGGCAAGCUGUGGGUUCAGGUGUUUGACCAGAUCCUGACUGCCUUGGUGAUCAUGCAACUGAUGAUGAUUGGACUGCUUGGUGUGAAGAAAUUUCCAUAUGCUGUGAUAGUUGCCCCACUGCCAUUCAUCACAACUUUCUUUUGGAUUGCAUCUGAGAAGCUCUUCAAGAGGCCAUUAAGUGUGCUGUCUUUGAGGGGGGCUUGCGAUAUUGACAAGAGCGACAAGGCUGCUGCUGCGGCACACCCACAGUCUCUUGAAGAGAAGAAUGAAGCUGAUCGCCUGUAUCUGUCACCCUACUUCAAAAUCAAUUCUGCUGCGUUUGAGGAACUGCUGACACAAGCAAAUACAGUGAGCAAUGUGCUGAAGGGAGAAGACGUCAGCCUUCCUAAGUCUACUCGCGGGGAUGAAAUGUUAUGGAGUGCUGAAGACGAUGAGGGUGGCUCAACUGCCGAAGCGGGCGACUCACUGCGGACUCCAUUGAUACCUUGA